GCAAGGGACAAUUGGGGAAAUGGAUCGGUUACAAUUGAUAGAAUUAAUUAGGGUUUAAGCGAACCCCAAUUCAGCUGGAUUUCAACAAAGUGCAUCACUCUGCUUCAGUCCCCAAUUCCAGUAGCAAUGGUUGCUGCAGUUCCGUCUACACUCAUUUCAUGCUUUAUUUUGCUUUCAUGUUCAUUAUUUGCAUCCCUUGGGUCCGCUUCUGAGUUCUUCUUAGUUGUUUCUAACUCAACAACAUUGCAACUAUCCCCAAGCUUGUUGGUGGAAAAAUCUCCAGGAUCCAAACCUGGAACUACAGUGAAAUGUGAGAGGGUUUCAAUUCAUGGUUUGCCACGAAUUAAACAUUUAAGCAAAUUUGCCAAUUCGUUGAAGGUAGAGGUUUCAUGUGUAAACAAAAGUGGUUGCCCACCUUAUAUCCAGAUCUGUUUCCACAGAAAUUCUUCUCUUGGGAUUGGGAUGUGCCCCCACGAUCAAUGGGAAAGGCUUUCCAAAGGAUUAUGUGUUAAAUCAAUGUCUCCGUUUGACCACAAAAUCUUGGACAUAAGGAUGGUGGCAUCUUAUUCAGAGGUUCUUCAAAUAUCCCUUCAUGAAGAAUUUUAUAUGUACAGGAUAUUAUUCCUGGUUAUGGGCAUUGUGUUGAUGAGUCUGGCUUCCUGUCUCAGCAAAUCUUUAGCUUUUUACUAUAGCAGUGCAAUGCUUGUCGGGGUUUUGCUUGUGGUAUUAAUAAUACUUUUCCAGGGAAUGAAGCUUCUCCCAACUGGCCGGAAGAGUUCAUUUGCUAUAUUCCUGUACUCAUUUUUCGUGGGCUUGGGAUCCUUUCUCCUACGAUAUGUGCCAAGGUUGUUGCAAUCACUACUUGUUGAGAUUGGGCUUUCUGAAGACAUGUACAAUCCUGUUGCAAUAUUUCUGUUGGUAUUCCUCGCAAUAUUCGGAGCUUGGCUUGGCUUUUGGGCUGUGCGCAAACUUGUUCUGUCCACAGAUGGAUCUAUCGAUACUGGUGUAUCUCACUUUGUCACUUGGUCAAUCCGGAUCGUUGGAUCUGUGAUGAUUCUUCAGAGUUCAACAGAUCCUUUGUUGGCCGCCGAGGCUUUCGUAGGUGGCAUUAUUAUUUCUUUAGUUUUGAGUAAGUUUGGCCAUUCAAAAAUAGCUUGCCGUAUCUACAGAAAAAUGUCUAGAUUGAACAAGACAAAUUUCAGAGAAUCUCAUAGUCCCUACACAUCUCCAGCCACCAAGUCGACUUUCUCCCGACCCUCAAACAGAUCUCCAUAUACUCCUAUACAAAGUGCAUCAAGCAAAUCGCCCAAAAGGUUGUCGAAUUCAGAGACAUUCUAUUCGACCUUCCACAGCACGCCGAACAGAAAAAAAAUCACAAAGGACGAAUGGGACUCUUUCACUAAGGAGACCACACGCAGCGCCCUGGAAGAUCUAAUCGCUUCGCCCGAUUUCAACAAGUGGGCUGUCUCCCAUGCCGACCGGAUAACCUUAGCCCCGAAGAAUGGACCUGCUGACAAGUCAGGUAGAUGGUUUCACUGGUUUUGAAGAUCAUCCUUGCUUCCUAACCCAACCCCAGUUCAAAUCAUGAUCUGUAGAUUUCUGUAUGGUUAGUUGAUGUUAGUUUAGGAAUUAGGACCAACUUAUUCUAUUAUUUUGAUGUAUGAAAAAUAACAGCGGUGAUGAACUGGAGCAGACAUUGUUGCAUUACAUGACUGUUGUAGUAAGAAUUGACAAGAGGGGUUAAAUUUACAAGU